UCAUUUCAAAAUUAACAUUAACAAAAGCUGCUCUUCCUCCCAGCUCAAAGCUCAAGUCUGUAGCUCUUUCCCCUUAUCCAUGGCGUCUACCCUUGUUACAUUAGCAGCAAAACCCUUCACUUCUCAAAACACAAACCUCCAAUUUUUGCCCACCCAAAGACCCAGAGUUUUGCCCAGAAAUAACUCCCUCAGAGUCAGUGCAAUUGCCAAGAAGUUCGAACCCACUAAGGUUGUGCCUCAAGCAGAUAGAGUGUUAAUAAGGUUAGAGGAGCUACCACAGAAAUCAGCAGGGGGAGUUUUGCUGCCAAAAUCAGCAGUAAAGUUUGAGCGCUAUCUAAUGGGGGAGGUGAUAUCUGUUGGUACCGAAGCUGGCGAAGUGAACAGUGGUAAGAAGGUGCUUUUUUCUGACAUAAAUGCCUAUGAGGUAGAUUUGGGAACAGAGUCUAGACACUGUUUUUGUAAAGCUGGCGACCUCCUUGCUGUGGUUGAAUAAUUUCAGCGUUUCAAAGGCUGAGGCUUCUGAUUAAGGAGAUUUGGCUUCGACGAUGCAUUCAUUUUGUCAGAUUUGGUUGGUAGAGAGCUCAUUUGAAGUCUAAAGUUGCUUUUCUCUUACUUUCAAUUGUGCAAUUAUAAUGUAAAACUCAGUGUUGUGGGAUGUUGCAAUACUGUAAUUCAUCACAAGUUACAUGCUUCAAAUUUCCCUGCCUAAAAUCAAAUUUCUGGUUUUCCAUUUGACUCUGCUUUUGACAUUGAUGUGUUGUUGAUUUUAGGCUGGCAGUCUUAUCUAAAUUUAUAGUUAGUCGUAUUGUGUGAUAAA